AUGGUCAACUUUCGCCGUCUUGCUGCCACAUUGGUAGCUCUGUUGCCUUUGACUUCUGCCGUCCCAACGCAGAAGCAACAGCAGAAGCGUGAAGUCAUCCCGGGCAAGUAUAUUGUCACGUUGAAGGACAGCGCCAGCACUGCGGAUGUUGAGUCUCAUCUCGGCUGGGUACAAGAUGUCCACGCUCGUAGCUUGACUAAGAGAGAAACUUCUGGCGUUGAGAAGACCUAUAACAUCAACAGCUGGAACGCUUAUGCUGGCGAGUUCGACGACGCCACAAUCGAACAGAUCAAAGCCAGCGCUGAUGUUGCUAGCGUGGAAGAGGAUCAGAUAUGGUAUCUCUUUGACGAGCCGGCCAAGACCGAGCAUGCUUCUCGUGCCUUGGUCACCCAAACUGGCGCAACAUGGGGUCUUGGGACUGUUUCCCAUACUACCUCUGGCUCUACCACCUACAUCUACGACUCCACUGCCGGGAGCGGAACAUAUGCCUACAUUGUGGACACCGGUCUUUUGACGACCCACACACAAUUUGGCAGCAGAGCGUCGUACGGCUAUAACGCUGUUGGCGGAUCCAAUGUCGAUAGUGUUGGUCAUGGCACCCACGUUGCUGGCACCAUCGGUGGUACCACUUAUGGUGUUGCCAAGUCUACCACACUCAUUGCUGUCAAGGUGUUCCAGGGUGAAUCUAGCUCAACCUCCAUCAUCCUAGACGGCUACAACUGGGCUGUCAACGAUGCUACCAGCAACGGCCGACAAUCUAAGAGUGUUCUCUCAUUGUCUCUUGGUGGAAGCUAUUCCGCGACUUUCAACAACGCUGUCAACGCUGCGUACACCAGUGGUGUUUUGACUGUCGUAGCUGCCGGAAACGACGCCGCCAAUGCUGCCAACUACUCACCUGCUUCGGCAGCUAACGCCAUCACAGUCGGCGCUCUCGACUCCGACUGGAGCCAAGCCUAUUACAGUAACUACGGAUCUGUUCUCGACGUUUACGCCCCGGGCUCCAGUGUCCUGUCUGCCUGGAUCGGUUCCAACUCCGCCACCAACACCAUCUCUGGUACUUCAAUGGCCACUCCUCAUGUAACUGGCCUUGCUCUCUACCUCAUUGCUCUUGAGGGGCUUAGCACCCCAUCUGCUGUCAUUGCCAGAAUUAAGGCCCUGGCUACCAGCGGCAAGAUCACGGAUAUUGGCAGUGGAAGCCCCAAUCUGAUCAUCUACAACGGCAACGGUGCAUAA